AUGGAAGAGUUGGAUGCUUUAUUAGAGGAAUUGGAACGCUCCACCCUUGAGGACACUGGUGAAUACUCCAGCCCCACUCCUCUUCCCAAGGAUCAGAUUUCCAGAAAAGAGAGUGCUGAGACUUCAGACAUCUCUUCUGUUCAGGACACAAGCCCCUUCCAGGUGCAGCUCGUGUAUACUACUAAUAUCAAGGAGCCCCAGGUCUACAGUGACAUUCAAGAGCCAAAGGAAUCACUGCUACAUUCUAAAACCUCAGCAGCUGCUCAGUUGGAUGAGCUCAUGGCCCACCUGUGUGAAAUGCAGGCCAAGGUGGCAGUGAAAGAAGAUGCCAGCCAGAAGUAUUUACCAGACAAGCAGGAUCACAAGGCCUCCCUGGACUCAAUGCUGGGGGGAUUGGAGCAGGAAUUGCAGGACCUUGGGAUUGCCACAGUGCCCAAGGGCCAUUGUGCUUCCUGCCAGAAAUUGAUUGCUGGAAAGGUAAUCCAUGCUCUCGGGCAAGCAUGGCAUCCAGAGCACUUCAUCUGUAGUCACUGCAAAGAAGAGAUUGGCUCCAGUCCCUUCUUUGAGCGCAGUGGCUUGGCCUACUGCCCCAAGGACUAUCACCACCUGUUUUCGCCACGCUGUGCUUACUGUGCUGCUCCCAUCCUGGAUAGAGUGCUGACGGCAAUGAACCAAACCUGGCACCCAGAGCACUUCUUCUGCUCUCACUGUGGAGAGGUGUUUGGUGCAGAAGGUUUUCACGAGAAGGACAAGAAGCCAUAUUGCCGGAAGGAUUUCUUAGCCAUGUUCUCACCCAAGUGUGGGGGCUGCAACCGCCCAGUGUUGGAAAACUACCUUUCAGCCAUGGACACUGUCUGGCACCCAGAGUGCUUUGUUUGUGGGGACUGCUUCACCAGUUUCUCCACUGGCUCCUUCUUUGAACUGGAUGGACGUCCAUUCUGCGAGCUCCAUUACCAUCAGCGCCGAGGAACCCUCUGCCAUGGGUGUGGGCAGCCCAUCGCCGGCCGCUGCAUCAGUGCCAUGGGCCACAAGUUCCAUCCUGAGCACUUCGUCUGUGCUUUCUGCCUGACGCAGUUGUCAAAGGGAAUCUUUAGGGAACAGAAUGGCAAGACCUAUUGUCCACCCUGCUUCAAUAAGCUCUUCCAAGUGUAA